AUGGGCGACGAAGAAAAUAAGGGCGAUGGACCCAACCGUAUUAUGGUUUUUCUUCGCAUUCGCCCUGCAAGGAAAGAUGAAAUCGAUCCUGCAAGUGGGACUCAUUACCUACUUGACAUUCAACCUGACAAUAAGACAUGCAUAUUGGAAGCGAAAACGUAUAGCUACGACUACGUCUUUAAUGGCGAUGUAGAUCAAGGAGAUAUCUAUGUUCGUGUGGCUGAACCCGUUAUUAAUAACGUCUUUAAGGGUUACUGGGGUACAGUGAUGGUUUAUGGCCAAACCGGAACCGGGAAGUCUUUCACCAUGUGUAACUUCAGUCCGGCUCAUCUGGGUAUUAUUCCUCGUUCAAUGAAAGCCAUUUUUGAUACUGUGCAGAAUGAUCCUGAGCGAAUCUACACCAUUGUGUUUUCAUUUAUUCAGAUAUAUGUCGACAAAUUGCAAGACUUGUUCAAUCCUGAGGCUCCGGAGCUGAAGAUUAAUAGGGACAAAAACGGUGUAAGUUUCCCCGGAAUUGUAGAGCAUGCUGUAAAGGAUGAAGAAGACUUUCGUCGUCUUUAUGAAGAUGGUAAUCAAUAUCGAGUUGUCACUGCCACAAAAAUGAAUCCUGAAAGCUCACGAGGACAUGCAGCUUUGUUUAUUCAGGUGAGAUCUGUGCCCAAAGACGACCCAGGUGGCGAGGUUCGAAAUGGAAAAUUGUUCCUUAUCGAUCUUGCUGGGUACGAACGCUUCAGUAAAACAGGGGUUCAAGAAGGACAAAUGGCUUUAGAGGCAAAGACUAUUAAUGCGUCUCUUCUUUCACUUGGAAAUGUUGUACAAGCCUUAUCCGACCGUUCAGAGCACGUUCCGUGGCGCAAUGCGAAGUUAACGCGUAUGCUUGAGGAUGCUAUUGGUGGGCGAGCAAAAUGCAGUAUUAUACUCACAGCGGGGCCAAGUAGUGAACAUUUAUAUGAAACGCUUGGAACACUCUAUUUUGGAUCUCGCGCCAUGGCAGUAAAAACCAAUGCCAAACUGGCGGUUAACAUUGACUACAAGAAGUUAGCUGCGAAAUUGCAAGAGUUGCUGGCUGCCGCGGAGGGCCGCAUUAACACUCUGGAAGUUGAGGCAACACAACGGCAACUGGAGCGUGAGGAAGCAGAAGCAGCGUUCCAAGCAGAGUGGGCGAGGAUCAAGAGGCUUCAGCAGGAUCAAUUGAAUGAAUUGCUUGCGUCAGGUGCAUCAAAAGAGAAAAUCGAGGAGCUUAUUCGUUCGAACGAAGAGGAGAAUCGAUUGAUGGAGGAGCAACAGUAUCAGCAGCGCCAGGCACUCGAAGAGCGACAUGAACAGGAGCUGAAAGAGUCUUUGGAGAGGGAGCAAAAAAUGAUGAUGAAUGAGAAUGCUGUAUCAACUUCCAACAUGAACAAGGAUAUGGGUGAGCUCCAACGCCAACUCGCACAGGAAAGAAUAGAGAAGGAAAAGUACCGAUCGAAAGCGAAGGAGGCUGAAUCCGAAGCACGACGUGUGUCGAUGGAAAUGAACGAGCUAAGAGUGCAGCUGGAGGGUGAGGGCCUUGCGGCACUAUCAGGAUCUCCCACAAAUCCCGAGUUCAAGAAGGAGUUUGAACGACGUAUCGAGAUUGUAAGGUCGAUGUAUGAAGAAAAUAUGCAGCUUCGUAUCUCAGAAAUGGAAGAAUUACACAAUGAUGAGAUAAACCGUUACAAGACCAUGUACGAGGAUGUGAAAAGGAGGAUGGAACGCGAGAUACAGUCUCAUAAGGAUACUCUUGUAGCUUCGUAUGAAGAGGAAAUCGAUAACAUUCGAAAGACUUCAGCUGACGUACAAAACAAGUUGAAGAAGAACCACCUUGUCAUUAAGCAGUCGUACCAAGCUCAAAAGGAAACCGUAGAGCAAGAAAAUAAAGAACUCACUGCGUAUAUCGAAAUGCUAACGAAACAAGUUCAGUCAUUGGGAGCACGACCAGCUCCUCGUCCAAGUAAUGGCGUUAAGUCAGGAUCUGCAAUGAUUCCAGGUGAUGCCAACAAACGAAUUCAGGAUAUGAUGGCAACCAUCAAAGAAUUGCGCGCUGAACUGGCGUAUGUCCGCACGGAGAAAGAUGCCCUUUCCAAAGAGAAGGAAUCUGAGGAGGCGAAAGGGGAUAGAAGGCUUAAUCCUGCACAAAUUCUUCAGUUGAAGAACGAAAACGAUGAGUUGAAGCAAGCUAAAAAGCAGCUAGAAGGUGAAGUUUUUAAAAUGAAAGCUGAACUAGCUCUGGCCUCUCAUCAGGUUGAAGAAGAUGAUGAUGAAGAUGACAAGGUGAUUGACGUUUUUGGAGAUAGCGAGGGUAUUUCGGCUUUCAUUAAGGCUGCUUUGAAGAUUCCGUAUUACCCCGGAACUCAGGCGAUUCAAAGCAUGCAUAAAGUCAUUCUUGGAUCAUUGACUACUGAUCUAGACGAAUAUAGACGAAUGCUGAAAUACAGAUUUUUUGUGAUCGGUGCUCCUAAUGGAGGCAAAUCCAGCGUCGUAAAAUGUCUCUCGGCUUCUUCUACACCAAUGAUUCGAAGUACACCAGAUGUUCUCACUCCAACAGUUCAUCCAACUCUCUCUUCUGUCACUGUGGAUGAUGCAUAUUGCUUGAGGAACGACUGGUACAAAACAUACGUUCAAUUUCUUGAUCUGGAUGCACCACAGCAACAACAUUCAGGUGGUUUCUUCAGUAGCAUCGGUAUUUCUAAGAGUUCCAGGAGUGGCGUCAGUGAUCCUGCUAAAAUUCAUAUUGAUUUGCUGGACUUUCCAAGUGAUACUGCCUUUUGGCGUGGUAUGCCACCGUAUCUCUUGCCCUCGAAAAAUGUAGUGUACUGCUUGGUUUAUGAUCUCACGAAACCCAUUGAAGACGUUAAACAGGAACUGGAGAAGCAACUUACACUACUACACGCAGCGUGCCAUCGAGCCUACUCCAAGGAUAUUGGGGGAGAUGCAGCCAAGAUUGGAUUCUGUCUGAUUGGUACAAGAAAGGAUGCACUUAAAGAUUCUCGUGAAUCGACCGUGCUUAUCCAUAUUAACAGAGUUGCUGUUCUCCUUGGCGAUACUUUCUUUCGUCUAAGAGGUGACGACAAUCGUGGCCUCGUUUGUGUUGGCAACUUUGCUGUGAGCGCAAAAGACUGGUCGGUGGUGAGCACAAAGAAGGAUCAGGGACCGAAGACAUUUAAGGAUUUGAACAAUUACUUGGGUACGAUUGCAACACAACUUUAUUCGAACCGCCCAAGUAGUUUUUUGCCCUCAACCAAAGACACUGCAUCCCAUCUCAGCUACAUGCUUGGAGAUGAAAUGCUUGAGAGCUCUGCCGAAAAGACGUCGCAUCUGGUGCAGGCCCACCAGCGUAUGCGUCAGGGGAUUGUUACCCUCGUCACCGCUUUAUAUCGUGAACAAAAAGUCCGAUGGGGAUUCCAAGAGAAGGAGCUUAGACGUUUAAUCUCUGAGCAUUUGUCGUUGGAUUCGGCGACAAGCUAUGGCAUUUUCUGCGAAAACUACGUGGUCAGAGAGUUAUUUUCUCGUGGAGUUGUCGUGGCUCUUCCUAGCGCUAUCAUUGAGCCGAAGUACCUGCCGCGUGUGGGUGGCUCUAAACCACUCCCGCAUAACGGUGUCAUUGUUUUGGACUUUUUUCGGCUACUAACUAAUUUCUCAACAUUCAUAUGCCCAAGUUCUCUGACGAAAAUACCGAAUGGAUCGUCAUUCCUGAAAGAUCGGGAGGUCAUGCUGUUCGAUUACUCUGGGUUAAGCCGUUGCCAGACGACGUGGGGUCAGGGCAUUUUGACGGCUGAUGUCACUCAGGUAGUUGGUACAAAGUUGUUGCCGCAACUGGGCAAUGAUGUGAGAACAAUGCAGGAGUUGUACUGUGUUAUGGGUUUGGGACUUUCACUAAAAGCUGAAGUUGCCAUGAUAUCGCCACCUCACUUCUCGGCUCGCAUAUCAGAUUGCCUGAGUUACUACUUAUCAUACAUGAUCUCCUGCAAUGGGGAUGGUGUGGCGAGACAGUACAAAUUCAACGCGCUUCCGUCGGCACUCUUUGCUUGUAUUCAGGCGCGGCUAAUCCCAUUUUCGCAUGUCCCUUCGAAAGACCCACGCCACUUGCUGAUGAACUGGAAGGAUGCGUCCUUCCUUGUGCUUGAAAAGACGCGGCUGAAGUAUGGCAUUUUCGGCUCCAAGGUGGUGAAGGAUGCUGCAUCGCAAACAAACAUCCCUCUCCGCGGCAUCAUGAAACACGAGGGACAGUGUUUGUACAUCGGCAUAACUGGGCGUCACGCCGAUUCCAAUGAGGCCUUUGCUGCAUGCAAUGAGGUGUUGGAAGCCAUCCACUACGAGAUUACUUCCACGUGUAAACGAUACUUCCGUGGAGCAAAAGUGCAGUAUCAGGAUCUUGCGCUGACAGGAGCUUCCAUUAAAAGGGAGAGCUUUGCGACGGGACAGCAAACAAUUCUGAGUCGAUACAAGGCCGACCCUGCCGUCAUCAUGGCACAGCAGAAGAUCGCGUCUAGCCUCAGUGACCCAAAGGCGAGGGAGAUUGAGGAAGCCCUCAUUAACUUGCCUUUGAGAUUGCGUGAAAAGUGA